GACUAUUCCUCUUCCAAGCACACUGUAUCGUACUGGAGCUCCAUCCCAUCAAACAAAAUGAGACUUUCAGCCCCCCUCCUUCUCCUCCCCACCUUCCUCACCUGCAUCCUCGCCAACCCGCUCCAGAUUCAAAUCCUCGAGGACGACGAGGAGGCCUCUACCUCUUUCCCCGCCGACGAGAAGCAUUACUGCGGCGGGCUGGGCGCGCUGUGUCAGGUCAAGACCCCUAAGCUCAUCUGGAUCUGCGACUGUCCCCAUAAGACCAAGUGUGAGUCCCGGGUUGUUCAUGCCGGUGCGAGUUACUGGUAUUGCAGUGUCCCGAAGUGAGGCUUGCUGAUGUGGGAAGGACCAGAUGGAGAUAUAGGUGUUGUGGGAGAGGGGUCUACGGUGCUGGCGGCGAGGCUGUAGUUUUGUCCUUGACAAAAAUGUUUGUCUUUUUUUCCUUUGCUUUUUCUUUCCCUCUUUUUUUGGGCUAAAUCU